AUGACCAAAGAUGAAGACUUUAAGCUUCUUAAGAUUCAGACCUGUGCUCUGAGAGUGAACAUACACUGCAAUGGGUGCAAGGAGAAAGUGAAGAAAAUCCUACAGAGAAUUGAAGGUGUUUACAAAGUAAUCAUAGAUGUGGAGCAACAAAGGGUCACAAUCUCAGGGAUCAUAGAAUCUAAUGCUCUAAUCAAGAAAUUAAUACGAGCCGGAAAACACGCCGAGCCCUGGUCUCAAAAACCUUCGCAGAAAUCCACCUGCAGCAAGGAUGAUGGCAAGAAAAUGCCCAAAAGCAAUAACAUUAAUGCCCAAAAGCCCAUGAAAAACCUCGAAUCAUCCCUCAAAACCCAGCAGAAAUUCCCCUUCACGACCGAAGGAAAUGAUUGCUCGUCCGAUGAAUUUGACGAGGAGCACGAAAUGCAGCUCUUUAUGGAGAAGAUGAAUCAGCUUGCUUUCCUUCAGCAACAAUCUGAGGCGAAUACCAAGAAAGUUAACGCCGGGGGGACCUUCAAUGGCCCGGCCGGUAAAGGGGGGAGCCCGAUGACUCAGAACAUGGUCUUGAGGGGAAAAAACCAAAAUGGGCUUGCUGAGCAGAAAAUGUUUAAAAAUGGGGUGAAUGUGAUGAUGAGUAAUAAUAACCCACAUUUUGGGGGUGCAAAUGUGAAAAACCAUGGUGAAGGGAGUAGUGAAAUUGGAAACAUGAUGAGCCUUGCCGGUUUUCACGCAAAUGGGGUUAACGGGCUGUCCAAUAAUCCGAGUUCGCUCGGGAUGUUUAAUGCGAAUGGUCACGGUUUCAAUCAAUUUCAUCAUCCAGCAUCAUCUGCCAUGAUGAUGAUGAAUUUGCAGAACAGGGCCCAGCAGCCUCAGAUGAUGUACAAUCGGUCCCCGUUCGUACCCCCGAGCACCACCGGGUAUUACUACAAUUACGGUCCGGUUCCUUACCCUACAGUUCCGUACAGUUCGAUCGAGCCUGAGUGUGCCCGUUCGGGUUAUCCUGCUCAUGAUAUGUUUAGUGAUGAGAACACAAGUAGCUGUUCAGUCAUGUGA